AGACGAUUCGCAACUACCUACCUUCAAUUUCGAAGGCACUUUCUGAACAUUCUUUCUGCGUUGUUUGUUCGAAUUCUCCACUUUGCGCGAUGGAUGUCCAUGAUGUCGACGACGUUUUCCAAUCCAUGCACCCGGCUGAUACGUGGGAGAUGCUGUGCGACGUGGCCGGCGGCACCGAAGGCUUGGGCACCAACUUUAAAUCGAGCCUUGUUAACAACCUGCUCAUGAUUACGGGGAAUGAUUCGGUCGAGCAGGACAGUCCAAUUAUUUGCGAUAGAUGCAAGAAGAAAUUGUGUGGACUGCAAUUUCAUUGCUCACGGUGCCCUGAUUUCGACGUGUGUGCUAGUUGUCUUGACAACGAGCUCAAGGGUCAUCCUCGGGGGCAUAACUUCCAACUUAGGCACCAACCCCCUUCCGCCAUCCCGACGGAUGGGAGUGACUUAGAUGACCUUCAGCAGCUUGCGGAGAAUGGUAACCAACGUCAUAAGCCUCAAGCUCUCUACGUUGCUUGCCUCAUUGAUCAGAUGAAAUUUCUCAGCGAAGCUUCUAGAGACCGUUAUAUCAAGGCAGAGGUCGAACGUGCAACAAACUGGAAAAGGCUGUACUCGCUGUAUAGUCGGUUUGAGAAUUGUGUUUCGAAACUCGCUGCGAAAACCAGCGCUGAUGGGAUCCCUGUACCACCCGCAAUGACUUCCUUCCAGGAGAUGCUUGAAAAGAACUGGAAUACGGGAAACGCGCAGGAGACGGCAUUCAUUACACAUCAGGCUGAUUUUGAUCUGGCAGAUUAUUCCCAUUAUAUUGACAAAAGGAGACUUGGCAACGUAUUACAGAAAUUCGUUGGAGAGUUCAUGCUUGGUGGAGGGCCAGGCGAAUCGGACCAUUUUCUCUACUCUGGGUUUCCCUCAAACCACGAGCUGCCGUCCACUCCAAUUGAAACAAAGGAUGAAGUGGACGGAUCCUUGGCGUUUAGUGCAAUAACCGUAGAAGGCACCGCGCAAUACCAGUGGGAAUAUCUUAGACCCAGAGACGAGCUUGACCUGGGCAGAGAUAUGCGGAGCUUCCACCAUCGGGUGGUCGACAUGGUGUCCCUAUUUGCGAAAAGGCCCGAUCUCUGGAACCCCACGAUUCUCAAUCAACAUGUCAGAACAUACUUGGCUUGCGGCCUCGGAUGACCCACUGCAACGCGCACAACUGUGUCGUCGUGUCGGUCG